GGCGGUACAGCUUAGUCGCGUGGAGGUCGGGGGCGGGGUGCCCAGAGCGCGCAUGCGCACCGUACGUCGAUGGCGCCCAGAAGAGACUGGCGGAAGCUAGCUGUGCAACAUGGCGGCCGAGGCAGACGGUCCGCUCAAACGAGUGCUGGUGCCGCUUCUCUUACCUGAGAAAUGCUACGACCAAAUUUUCGUCCAGUGGGACUUGCUUCACGUCCCCUGCCUCAAGAUCCUCCUCAGCAAAGGCCUGGGUCUGGGCAUUGUGGCUGGGUCACUGCUGGUUAAGCUGCCCCAGGUGUUUAAAAUCCUGAGAGCCAGGAGUGCCGAAGGGUUGAGCCUUCAGUCCGUCGUGCUGGAACUAGUGGCAUUGACGGGCACCAUGGCCUACAGCAUCACCAACAACUUCCCCUUCAGCUCUUGGGGGGAAGCCCUGUUCCUGAUGCUCCAGACACUCACCAUCUGCUUCCUGGUCCUGCACUACAGUGGACAGACUGUGAAAGGUGGCACUUUUCUAGUGAGCUAUGCACUGGUCCUGCUGUGCCUGCUGUCACCACUGACGCCUCCAUCCCUAGUCACCCUGCUGCAGGCCUCCAACGUGCCUGCUGUAGUCGUGGGGAGGCUGCUCCAGGCGGCCACUAACUACCGGAACGGGCACACGGGCCAGCUCUCCGCGGUCACGGUCUUUCUGCUCUUUGGGGGUUCCUUGGCCAGAAUCUUCACCUCCAUCCAGGAGACCGGAGACCCCCUCAUGGCUGGCACCUUCGUGGUCUCUUCCCUCUGCAACGGCCUCAUCGCAUCCCAGCUCCUCUAUUACUGGAACGUCAAGGCCCCCGCGAAGAAGAAGCAGCAGUAGGAGGAGCUGGCGGUGGGGGUCCGCUCCACGUUUCCGCCAGCCAGCGGCCCGGCCUCAGGGUCAUUCCCACCUGCACCAGCCCGCUGGUGUGACUUGAAAUCAUUCCUUCCUCUGCAACCGCAAAACUCUGGAGCGUGUGUUUCCGUGGGAAAUGCCGAUCCUUAGGAGGGACAGGGCUUUGCUGGCAGACGCUUGGCAUUGACUUGCACACUGUCCCGUGCAUGUGCUACCAAUUCGUUAUUUUGGCUCAGAUCCUUCCUACUUAGGUAUUCUGGGGCCAAAGUCUGCCCUGUCCUCCGCCAUCUCCCCGCGUCCCUGGUGGCCCUGGAGGCCAGAGCCUGGGCAGUGGAAGGAACUAGGGGCUUGCGGGCGCCCCCCUCUCUGAACCUGGGUGGGCCGGUCUCCAGGACCCCAGUGCUGGGCAGGGGGUGGGGACGGGGGCCGAGAAUGACUCAGGCAGGGCCUCAGGGUGGGGUGAGGAGCUCCCUGCUCUGGCAGGCCCAGGCGGAAGGGAGUGGAUGCUACUGGUUCCUGAUGCAGUGAAGGGGAACAGAAAUGGGGCAAUAAAGACUCAGAAACCUGAUUUAAUCAUAAAAA